AUGAAGUUCAUAACGAAAUGUGUUUUGUUCAUUGUUUGUUUUGGAUACCUUGAUGCCGUGAAGUUUAGAUGUGAUUAUACGUACACUAGCCAAGGAUGGUUCAAAUACCACGAGGUACCAACAACGUGGUUCGAUGCUCGUUUAGAAUGCCAAAUGGAAGGUGCUGUACUAGCUUCCCCUACUACAGCUGAAAUUAAAUCCAUUAUGUUGGAAUCAUUUUGCAAACCGGAGAUCUUUACUGGAAUCCAUGCUACUUUCUCUAAAGGACACUACUAUACUAUCGAUGGUAUAUCCUUAUCGGAAAUUCCACAUGAUUGGGCUCCAUUUGAGCCUGAUAACAAAAACAACGCCGAGAAUUGUAUCGCAUUACAUUCCGAUGGUAAAUUUUCUGAUGUACAAUGCGAUGAGCCUCGUCCUUAUAUAUGCCACAGACAGCAUUCUCAUGCUGAUGUCAACGUUUGUGGUACUCCAGAUCCAGAAUAUCACUUUGAGAGUGUUACAAACAAAUGUUACAAAUUCCACACGAUUCCGAGAACGUUCGCAAGAGCCCACUUUACCUGUUCCGCUGAAGGUGGUCACCUAGCCAUUAUCAACAGCGAAGAAGAAUCCAGGGUCAUCGCUCAAGUGUAUGACAAAUAUCCAGCAUCGAAAAUGCUCGGAAAUUUCUAUAAAGAUGUUGCUUUCAUCGGAUUCCUCACUUGGGAAAAGAGCAUGGACUGGGUCACCAUUCACGGUCAAUCGCUCCAGGAAGCUGGUUUCACCACGUUUUCUGAAGGACAACCAGAUAACGCUGGUAAUUCUGAAUAUUGUGGAUCAGCUCACCGCAGUGGUUUACUAAACGAUGCAGGCUGCGAUACCCAUUACGCAUUUAUUUGUGAGAAGAAACCAGAAUAUCCUACCGUUUGUGAUAAUACCAGUGGACAACGUGUAAUAAAUCGCACCCGUUUCUGCGACAAUGAUAUUCAAAAUCAAGCAAAGCAGUUAGGGUCUGACUCCAAUAACAUCGACAUGAGAAGUGGUGGUCCGGUGUAUUAG